AUGACAGAAAUCUUAAUAAAUAACACAGGAUAUCCAGUUGUCAAUGGUUACCAAGGCGGUUACCCAGGCAGUUACCCGGGCGGCCACAGACGUUACAGGCGAUCCGUUUAUUCAUACAAAAGAUACGGUGGCGGCAAACGAUUUGGUGCUAGAGGUUUUGGUGGAAGAAUGAUUGGUGGACAACAAUUCGGACAGCAGUUCGGACAAUUCGGACAGCAGUUUGGACAACAGUUCGGACAACAGUUUGGACAACAAUUCGGACAACAGUUUGGAAAUGGUUUCAGGAACAAUGGCUUCAACGGACAGUUCAUGAACAGACGAUCCUGGUAG